GCGGGCUGAAGCUCGUAUUUCCAGCAUCCCGGAGCUGCUGGUGCGGAGCGGUCUGAGUUCAGCACGCGGCGCUCAGCAUGUGGAACCGAGCAGCGGAGCUUCUCCUCCAGCUGGCGUGGACAGCCUGCUGUGUCACUGCCAUCCAGAGAAAAGACCUUUUCCCUUAUGGACCCCUCAACGGCGACCUAACUCUGCCGGAGGGAGACGAUGAAACGUCCAAAGUGAUGACCCUGACCAAGCCCAUGUACUUCUACGAGACUGCCUUCAGCAACCUAUACGUGGCCACCAAUGGAAUCAUCUCCACUCAGGAUCUGCCCAUGGAGAAGCAGUAUGUUGACGAUGGGUUCCCCACUGAAUUCCCCGUCAUCGCUCCGUUUCUUGCGGACAUUGACACCAGUAACGGAAAAGGAGCCAUUUACUACCGGCAGACAGAAGCCCCCGGCGUGCUGAACCGGGUCGCUGCUGAGGUCCAGAGAGGCUUCCCCGGCUCACAGUUCACCCCGACCCACGCAGUCAUCGCCACCUGGGAGAACGUGGCAGCUUAUGAGGAAGUCAGCCGCUCUUCUGAGUUACGGGUUAACACGUUCCAGGCGGUGGUGGCUUACGACGAGGUGAACACCUACGCCCUGUUCCUCUACCCGGAGGACGGCCUGCAGUUCUACGGGACUCGCCCUAAAGAAACCUUCAAUGUGGAGAUUGAGCUGACCGCUCGAGUGGGCUUCACCAGGGGAGAAGUCCCGUACUUCUUCUUCUCUCGCACUGAAGGGCCUUACUACAGCAUCACCACCAACGAGCAGUCCGUCAAGAACCUGUACCAGCUGAGCAACGUCAAUGUUCCUGGAGUUUGGCUGUUCCAUAUUGGAAGUUCGUACGCUUUUGAAAACGUUAUUCCAGCACCAGUUAGUGGCCAGUUACCCACCGCUUUGCCUAGAAGGCAAGUGAUUGAGUUCCCCACCACCCCGGAGUACCCUGAGCUCGAGUACACUGAGACGGAUGAUUCUUUUGAUGAGGAGCAGGAAUAUAACGUGGAUCCAGACUUCCAGAAUCCUUCAGUUCCGGAGUUCAUUGAGCCAGGCCAAGAUCCGUCUCACCCUCAGCAUUAUGGAGGGGACGUCACGCUAACAUCUAAUCCUAAGACUCAUGAUGCUGCUCCAGCGGUCACUGGGCCUGGAGAAUAUCCCCCGCCAGAAAGCAGUCCAGAACGUCCAGAGAAGAGGGUCCAGCAACAGCUCCCCCUGCCUGAGCAUACCCUUCUGGAGGUGUACCCCCACAACCCUGACGGCCAAGUGGUCAGUGUGGAGGAAGACGUGGACUUUGACUCCGGAGUGAUCCACUACUCCACAGAAAAUAAAGAAACGUGCGAACGUUUUCGGCAGCACUGCAGUCAGAACGCUUACUGCACCGACUAUCCCUCCGGCUACUGCUGCCACUGCCACUCCGGCUUCUACGGAAACGGCCGACACUGCCUGCCAAACGGUGCUCCUCAACGUGUGAACGGAAAGGUCCGUGGGACGGUCAGUGUGGGCCUGACUGCAGUGAGGCUGGACAACAUUGACCUCCACGCCUACAUCGUUGUGGGCGAUGGCCGAGCUUACACAGCCAUCAGUGAAGUUCCAGAGCCACUGGGGUGGGCUUUGAUGCCCGCGGCCCCCAUCGGAGGCCUGUUCGGCUGGCUGUUCGCCCUGAAGCUCCCCAACAGCCAUAAUGGCUUCAAUAUCACCGGUGCUGAGUUUACUCGCCAUGCCGAUGUGACCUUUCAUCCCGGUAACCAGCGGCUCAGCAUCGUCCAGACUGGCAGGGGGCUAGACGGCCAGAACUACCUGAAUGUGGACACUCAUCUGGAGGGCAGUGUUCCCUUCAUACCCCCUGGUGCCACCGUACAGAUGGAGCCGUUUAAGGAGACCUACCAGUACUACCCAUCGCUGAUCACCUCCAGCUCAGUGCGGGAGUACACAGUCGUGUCUGCUGAGAGCGGCGCAGAGACCUUCAACUAUCAGCUCAGACAGAACAUCACCUACAGGGACUGUAGACACGGCCACCGCAGUGGAGCCGAAACGCUGCAGCUGAACGUGGAGCGCAUCUUCGUCAUGUUUGUCAAAGAGGAACGCAUCCUCAGAUAUGCCAUCACCAACAAGAUCGGCCAUCUUGGAGCCGGUGAGGUGGACCCUGAGCAGGUGAACCCGUGUUACUCAGGGAAUCAUGACUGUGACACCACGGCUCAGUGUUUACCUGGAGAGGGGAACACCUUCACCUGUCAGUGCGCCACAGGAUACACCGGAGACGGACGCAGCUGCUACGACGUGGACGAGUGUGUGGAGGGUUUGAGCUCGUGUGGAUCUCACUCUGAGUGUGUGAACCUGCCGGGAAGUCAUACCUGCCGGUGUCAGAGUGGAUAUGAGUUUGGAUAUGACGGACGCAACUGUAAAGAUGUUGAUGAGUGCCGAACCCAGCCGUGCCACCCUCACGCCUCCUGCUCCAACACGCCGGGCUCCUUCCACUGCCGCUGCCAGCACGGUUUCCAUGGAGAUGGCUUCCAGUGCCACCCUCAGACCGUUCAUCCUGAGCGUCCUAAGACUCAGUGUGAGCAGCACAGAGACAGCCUGCAGAGCAGAUCAGAUGGUUUCCCCCUGGUUGGAGCCUUCGUCCCUCAGUGUGAUGACGAUGGUCGGUACCGGCCGCUGCAGUGCCACGGUUCCACUGGACACUGCUGGUGUGUGGACAGCAGGGGCCAGGAGAGAGCGGGCACCCGAACUCCACCUGGGAGUCCACCCACCAACUGCGAUGCUCCGGUUCAUCCCGAGCGUCCUAAGACUCAGUGUGAGCAGCACAGAGACAGCCUGCAGAGCGGAUCGGGUGGUGUCCCCCUGGAGGGAGCCUUCGUCCCUGAGUGUGAUGAUGAGGGUCGGUACCGGCCGCUGCAGUGCCACGGCUCCACUGGACACUGCUGGUGUGUGGACAGCAGGGGCCAGGAGAGAGUGGGCACCCGAACUCCACCUGGGAGCCCACCCACCGACUGCGAUGCUCCAGUUCAUCACGAGCGUCCUAAGACUCAGUGUGAGCAGCACAGAGACAGCCUGCAGAGCGGAUCGGGUGGCGUCCACCUGGUUGGAGCCUUCGUCCCUCAGUGUGAUGAGGAGGGUCGGUACCGGCCGCUGCAGUGUCACGGCUCCACUGGACACUGCUGGUGUGUGGACAGCAGGGGUCAGGAGAGAGCGGGCACCCGAACCCCACCUGGGAGCCCACCCACUAACUGCGAUGCUCCAGUUCAUCCCGAGCGUCCUAAGACUCAGUGUCAGCAGCACAGAGACAGCCUGCAGAGCGGACCGGGUGGUGUCCCCCUGGAGGGAGCCUUCGUCCCUGAGUGUGAUGACGAUGGUCGGUACCGUCCGCUGCAGUGCCACGGCUCCACUGGAUACUGCUGGUGUGUGGACAGCAGGGGCCAGGAGAGAGCGGACCGAACCCCACCUGGGAGCCCAACGACCGACUGCGAUGCUCCAGUUCAUCCCGAGCGUCCUAAGACUCAGUGUGAGCAGCACAGAGACAGCCUGCAGAGCGGAUCGGGUGGUGUCCACCUGGUUGGAGCGUUCAUUCCUCAGUGUGAUGAUGAGGGUCGGUACCGGCCGCAGCAGUGCCACGGCUCCACUGGACACUGCUGGUGUGUGGACAGCAGGGGCCAGGAGAGAGCGGGCACUCGAACCCCACCUGGGAGCCCACCUGCCAACUGCGAUGCUCCAGUUCAUCCCGAGCGUCCUAAGACUCAGUGUGAGCAGCACAGAGACAGCCUGCAGAGCAGACCGGGUGGUGUCCACCAGGUUGGAGCCUUCGUCCCUGAGUGUGAUGAGGAGGGCCGGUACCGGCCGCUGCAGUGCCACGGCUCCACUGGACACUGCUGGUGUGUGGACAGCAGGGGCCAGGAGAGAGCGGGCACCCGAACUCCACCUGGGAGCCCACCCACCAACUGCGAUGCUCCAGUUCAUCCCGAGCGUCCUAAGACUCAGUGUGAGCAGCACAGAGACAGCCUGAGGAGCGGAUCGGGUGGUGUCCCCCUGGUUGGAGCCUUCGUCCCUCAGUGCGAUGAGGAGGGCCGGUACCGGCCGCUACAGUGCCACGGCUCCACUGGGCACUGCUGGUGUGUGGACAGCAGGGGACAGGAGAGAGUGGGCACCCGAACCCCACCUGGGAGCCCAACUACCGACUGCGAUGCUCCAGUGGAGCCCCGGCCCCCCCCACGUCCAGAAACGGUGUGUGAGCGCUGGAGAGCGAGUCUGAUGGAGCAUUACGGGGGUCAGCCGAGUCCUCAGCAGUACCUGCCCCAGUGCGACUCUGCUGGAGAGUUUAACCCGGUGCAGUGUUAUGGAGACAGCAGCUACUGCUGGUGUGUGGACCAGGACGGCCGAGAAGUGCCCGGGACUCGCUCGAACGACGCCAUCAAACCUGCCUGUAUACCCACGGUUACCCCUCCUACCAGGCAUCCUUUGCCACGCCCUGAUGUGACUCCGCCCCCCUCCGGCACCUCCCUGCUCUAUGCUCAAGGCCAGAAGAUCGGGGCUCUGCCUCUCAAUGGGACACGGAUGGACAAGGAGAGAUCCUCCGUACUUCUAGCUCUGCAUGGCUCCAUAGUGGUCGGUAUUGACUACGACUGCAGAGAGAGGAAGGUGUACUGGACGGAUUUGGCUGGAAGAACGAUCAGCAGAGCGGCUCUGGAGCCGGGAGCGGAGCCCGAGAUCCUUAUCAACAAUGGCCUGAUGAGUCCUGAGGGUUUGGCUGUGGAUGAGGCACGCAGGAGGCUAUUCUGGGUGGACAGCACACUGGACAAGAUUGAAACUGCAAACCUGGACGGAAGUGACCGCCGGAUUCUGUUUGACACGAAUUUAGUGAAUCCGAGAGCCAUCAUUGUGGACUCCCCCUCAGGAGCUCUAUACUGGACCGACUGGAACCGAGAAGCCCCCAAAAUCGAGAGCUCUACUGUGGACGGCCACAACAGGAGGGUUCUGGUCCAGGAUGGCAUCGGCCUGCCCAACGCUCUGACCUUCGACUCCACCACACGCAGAGUGUGCUGGGCUGAUGCAGGGACGAAGCGUCUGGAGUGCAUCGCACCUGAUGGAACGGGCAGACGCAUCAUUCACAGCAACCUGAACUAUCCCUUCAGCAUGGUGUUCUACGGCAACCACUUCUACUACACAGACUGGAGGAGGGAUGGAGUGAUUGCUGUAAGUCGAGAUUCCAGCCAGUCCACAGAUGAGUACCUGCCUGAUCAGCGGUCGCAUUUGUACAGCAUCACCGUGGCAACCACCAGCUGUUUAUAAGGGAGGCAGUAAUAGCAGAGCUCUCAAAUGGUGCUAUUUUUGGGGACGUUUCGGGCAGCCAGCAGCAACGCAGCACAGAAACGUUCACAGUCAACCCAAAGGCCGUCACCAAUACCACUGCAAACUUGCAAAUUCCAAGAAAACGGUGACUUUUUUGUACCCAGUUUAGUUUUGUAAAUUUGUUUUAUACCUCAUUUCUUUCUACUGUAUUUUUGUAUGUGUUUUUUGAUAAAAUAAAGCCAAAGAGCCCCAAAUUCUAGCCGUUAUGCAACAAGUCCUGUAUGUUGUUUAUGUGUGUAAAAUACACAGCAAUGCAGUAUUUCACUUGAUGCACUAAUAAGAAUUUGACAUAGCCAAUGUUUUUUACCACGUCUUUUUUUUUAUCCUUGUUAUCUUGUUUGUAAGAUGUGAUAUUUAUAACAAUAAAAUGUGAUUCACA